ACGUUCAGAUCUCUGCAGCUGGGCCGACUGAGGAAGCAGAAAAAGCCUGGAUAAAGCUGAUCGGACACUGACUUUAAGUCAUAAAGACGGAGACUCCAACAGGUUUCUUGUGUUUAAAGAUCAAGACAGCUGGUUUGAUCUAGAAAAUAACAAGAAAAAGACCGAGAGCUGAAGAAUCAAGUUGCAAGCAUAUUUUCUCCCUGUAAGACAGAAACAGUCAGUAAUGUCGAAGCUGGUUUGUUCUCUGCUUCUCCUUAGUUUACUUCCAGCUGUGGUUCCCCUCUUUUGUUACACCUGUGUGUUCCCCACCAUCUCACCUCUGGACUGCAUCAGAUUUCCUCUCAAGUGUCCACCCGGGCAGGUCUGUCUGUCCAGCAGAGCUGUGGGCAAGAAAGGAGACUUCCGUGUGGUGUUGUAUGAGAAGAGCUGCAUCCUGCCCUCCCUGUGUGGGGUCACGGGUGAAAAACACACCAUGGGACUCAACUUCACCUUCACCAAUGAAUGCUGCAACACACACCUGUGCAAUGGAGCUGUGACACCUGCUACCCCCUACUGGACUGGCCCAAUAGUCACGCUUCUUAUUUCAUACUCCGUUUGGUGAACCAAUACUUUUAAAGUAACUUGGAAGAGAACUUGUUUAACACAUAUGAAGCAAAUAUGCCUUUUCUGCCCUCUAAAAUGAAAUGACAUUGUACUCCACUUCCUUUUAGUAACUGUGCACUAAUCUGUUCUAAACUAAGGUUUGCUUACCCAUGUCUGUGAGAUGGAAAAACAAUAGGUUUGCCUAAUUAUUGCUAACAUCUUAGACAUGCCUUUCAGGUUGCAGAGCUGUUUUUGGAGUGGAUAGUGACGAUGUAACAUGUUUGGCUUAUGUUCUCAUUAUUUAGGAUUAAUAUACAAACCGAUCAAAUAAAUUACCUCUAUUCACUUGUCAGUAAA